CCAAAUUCAUCCCCGAAUUGUGAGGAAAGAUCCCACUUUUCCAUCGUCGCCGUCUUUCGAUCGGUUGUUUCAUCGAUCGAUUCGAUCCCAAUUUAGGCUUUUGUUGUUGAAAUCGGAGAGAAGACGUGAUGGCAAAGAACUCGUUCAAGUUGGAGCAUCCCCUUGAGAGGAGACAGGCUGAAGCUUCUCGUAUCAGAGAGAAAUAUCCUGACAGAAUUCCUGUGAUUGUUGAGAAGGCUGAAAAGAGUGAUAUUCCUGAUAUUGACAAGAAAAAGUACCUGGUUCCUGCUGAUCUUUCCGUUGGACAAUUUGUUUAUGUUGUUCGCAAGAGGAUUAAACUCAGUGCUGAGAAGGCCAUCUUCAUUUUUGUGAAGGACACUCUCCCACAAACAGCUGCUCUGAUGUCUGCAAUCUAUGAGGAGAACAAAGAUGAAGAUGGUUUUCUCUAUAUGACCUACAGUGGGGAGAACACAUUUGGUUCAUUCUGAAGCCAAUAAACAACAAAAUGAAGGAAGCCCCUGUGUAAAUAGCUUACCAAAAAAUAAAAAAACAAAAACAAAAAAAUGUCUAUUCUCAUGUCUCUCUUGCAUUAGUGACAUUUAUUUAGUUUUAAUGACAUCAGUGAAUUAGAAUUAUAGUUGUCUUUA